UAGCUGCUAAAGGGCCUGUCUUAACAGUGCCGUUGCAUCUCUUCUGCUGUAUCAGUUCUCUAGAGGAAACAGCGCGUAUCUCGUGCACAUCAGCUUGGGUUACACAAGAGCAGCACCAUGUCGAGCGAAAACAUGCCCACAGAGGCCCCGGCACCACGCACCCCCGUCUACGCAAACUGGGCCACCUCUCCCCUCCUCCCUCGCAAGUCGCCCGAUCGCUUCAACAGGCGUCUUGCUCUCGGCCAUAAAACGACACAGUCCCUCAAUAUCCCAAGAGUCACAGACGUCGCAGCGACCCUUGAGGCGCUCCUCAAACCGAUCAAGCCAACCACGCUCACCAUCGAUACGCAGAAUACCGCACAUCCUGCAGUCCUCUCACCGAAGCCAAAACGACCACAAGACUUGACAAGGACACUCGAAGCAUCCCCACCGCCCCAAACACGCCAAGAACAAGCACCACAGCAAGCGUGGAAGCUAGAUUCACCGAAAGGUAAAAGACACGUUCGUGGUGCGCGUUCCAUGUCACCUCAACGCACGCAACAGCUAUUCAAUCCACAAGACUUUGUCACUGCUUCUGAACAUGACGCUUUGCAUCAACGACGACCAAUUGCUAUGCCUGUACCAUCUGUCGAGGCGGUCCUUGAAGAACUACAGACGUUCGCGUUGACGGAUCCGUUGUUUGUUUCUACAGAGACUGUACAUGUGCCCAGUGAAGAGGAAGCCAUUCAGCUACUCAUCAACAGCAAGCAGGUAGCCAUGAAUGGUGAAGUCAAUCCCAAAGUCACCUGGGCAGAACAAGUCUUGCGCCUCACAGACCGGCAUCGCCUGAGACAAGCCACACUGACAGGCAAUCCAACGGCGCCACUCCCAUUACUUCUAUAUGAGCUUGAACAAGAAGCACUGGAUGCAGUGAAAAGUGCUACGUCGCAACACGCCACCUUCCUGCUCGGCUUAUUGCAUGAAUUUGGGAAGAAUGGCGUUUCCCUCGAUCGACAAGAAGCUUUUCGACGAUUCAAACAAGCAGCUGCAGAGGGAUACCCACGCGCAGACUACCGACUCGGUAUGCAAUUUGAGAAGGUUGGUGAUAUGCAACGUGCCUGUGCGUGUUACGAGCGUGGUGCUGCAAGGGAUGACGCUGCGUGUCUUUAUCGUUUGGGAAUGAUGCUUAUUUUUGGACAACAUGGGUAUACCCUUGACAAGGAAAAAGGUGUUUCCUGUCUACACCUCUCUGCAUUGGGCGCCGAUACAGAUGCACCACUCGGUGCACUGGUCUUUGGCUUGCUACUUGCAAAAGAGACAAAAUUUAAAAUCGACAGCAGCAUCCUUCAGCCGGAUGAAGGAGAAGCCCUUGCGUUCAUUCAAAAAGCAGCGAAACUCGGAUCUCCUGGUGCACAAGUCCGACUUGGGAAGGCGUAUGAGCGAAAUGAAUUAGGUCUACCCUUCAGUCCUCGUCUGUCCCUCCAUUAUCAUCAACUAGGCGCCCUCGGUGGUGAUCCAGAAGCUGACUUGGCACUCUCGAAAUGGUACCUCGCAGGAAGCGACGAUGGCGCCGUAAUGAAAGAUGAAGGGAAAGCUUUUCUACACAGCAAACUAGCAGCCAUGCGCGGACUUCCCGCUGCAGAAUUCGGUCUCGGUUACCUGUAUGAGAUUGGUGUUGGUUGCUCAGCAGACUUGUUGGAAGCUCGCAUGUGGUAUGCACGCGCUGCUGGACAUGGUGAUGCGGAUGCGGUAGCGAGGUUGGAAAGUCUUUCUCGGCAACGCACUUUAUCACGACGCGAUCAUGAUCGUAACAUUGCAGUGCAAAUCACAGCACGGCAUGCAACAUUGAAGUUGAACAGUCAAGCGGCUGCUGAGCGGAGACGACAACGAAGCAUGAUGCCAUCCACGUCAGCAUUACAAGUCUCUGAUAUAUCAAGUGGUGUGAGGUUACAGCAUCGCUCAACACCAUCGUUAUUGUCGCCACCACGCAGAGCACCGCCCAUUCCACAAUUGACUCAAACGGAGAUUGCUGAUUGUUUGGCACCACCACGAUCACCACAACGCCAUCAAGCAAGCACACCUCUGAGUCCCACAAAAUUAGGCAGGUUAUUGGAGACCCCACCCUUGCAUCGACGUGGACAAUCAUGGGCGCCUCAAGGAUCACCUGUUUUACCGAGUGAUACAGCAACGUCGCGUGCAUCACCGUUUUAUGUGGCACUAUCCACGAGUCCUAGGCAAGCGAAUCAGGGACAUGCACAUGCACAAUCGCUUGUAGGACCUGUAUAUCCGCCCCUUGCAGAAGAAGGAUUCCUCCAAACAACACCGCCUGUUGAUCGACGCACACACGCAGCUGUCACUUCCUGGAAUCUAUCUGCACGAGCACUUGAACAGGUUGUACAGAUACCACACGGUCCUGAAGAGUCACCGGUCACUGCACCGGCUAGUGAAGUGGGGAGUACCUUGGAAGCGGUGAUGGCUGCACGGGGUAGUCCGAGACCGGAAUCGAGUGUUUCGAAUAUCAUUCCCCGGGAGGAUCGUCCGUCUACUGGGUUACUAGGUGAUGAGGCGAUGCCUGCUCGACGUGGCUUUGCAUUGAGUGAUGUUGGUGCAACACCGGAUUCGCCUGGUUUACAACAGCAGCAAAGCUUGAGUGUCAUGUCUUCAUCGCCGGCAACGGCAGCAGCUGGUGUGAAACGCGGUGGUCCUGCGACAUUUGAGGAGAUGGGUAUUCCCCUGGAAAACAAGAAGGACGCCGAUUGCAUCGUCAUGUAGUCACUCACAUAGAACAUCAUAAAAGAAGCACAUUCGAAA